UCAAGGGCAAGCCGGACCAUCCCAAAGCAAAGACCCCUUACCUGGUUGUUGUCACACCGUUGUUGCAAUGGCCUACUCCUCCAGUGGUCGCUUGGCAUUUGUCGCAGUCACUGCGCUUUGGGUGUGGGCUGCAAGCACCGCCUUCGUGUCUUCGAACAGCGGCGUGAAGGGCUUGCGUGGAGCAGAGAGGCACUCCCACGCCGAGUACGCCCCUUUCCCUACUACACAAGAGAUGGGAGAACCAGGUGCACCCAGCCUGCCUUCUGGCUUGCAGGCAGUGCUGUUGGCGGCAGUCGUUGGCUUGAUGGUGGGUCUUGCUCCUGUCCGCGCUGAGGAAGAUGUGACCAAAGAGCUGGGUGGUGCUGAGCAAAGGGCUUUCAAGUCCAAGACUCGAAAAUCAUUGAAGAAGGAGAAGGCCAAGGCCACUGGGGCCACCAUUGUUGAGGAUGACACUGGCAAGAAGAAGCGUGUCAUCAUUUCCCCUGCCGAUGAAUUGGAUGAGGAUGAACUGUCCCCUACACGGCCAAACCAGCCUUUGCUCUUCUUGAUCUACGCCACUCCAGUGACCCUCUACCUGACCUUCUACGUCUUGGGAUCAUUAAACAUCAUUUGAGCGGUUUAAAUGCUGCAGUUUUUCCCAGCACACGGACAAACUGGCUCUUGAGGGCAAAAGCGGGGCCGACACUAUGUUCCUAUUUUGCAGCCAUGGUAAGAAGGGUCUGUUCCGGGACGAAACCCACUGAAUCACCCAAGGAA